CUUCGGUUACACAGAGCAGACGUCCAGCAGCUGUUGGUGGUUAAAGAAGAGGUUCCCCCUGAGCAGCAGGAGUGGAGCUCCAGUCUGGACCAGGAUGACCCAGAGCCCCCACACAUUAAAGAGGACCAGGAGGACCCAGAGCCCCCACACAUUAAAGAGGAACAGGAGGACCUCUGGACCAGUCAGGAGGGAGAGCAGCUUCAAGGUCUGGAGGAGGCUGAUAUCAAGUUCUCAUUCACUCCUGUGAAGAGUGAAGAUGAUGAAGAGGAAGCUCAGUCCUCACAGCUUCAUCAAAGACAAACUGAACAGAUGGAAACAGAAGCUGAUGGAGAGGACUGUGGAGGACCAGAAGCAGACAGGAACUCAGAUCCAGAUAGACAUUUACAACUAUCUAGUAGUGAAAAGUCUUCGCAAUGUUACAAACAAGAAACUGAAGUCUGUGAUGAUUGGAAUGAGACCAGUGAACCUCAGUCGGGUUUAAACUUUAUGAAAAAUAACGAAUGUAAUUCUCCUGAGAAACAAUUUAGCUGCUGUGAGUGCGGUAAACGAUUCAACCAAAACUCAAAUCUUAAGACGCACAUGAGAACUCACACGGGAGAAAAACCUUUCAGUUGCUCAGUUUGUGGUAAACGAUUCGGUCAGAAGGCACAUCUGCAGAACCAUUUGAAGUGUCAUACGGGAGAAAAACCGUACAGCUGUUCGUUUUGUAAUAAAUGUUUUGCACGCAGUGAACAUUUACAGUUACACAUGAGGACCCACACGGGGGAGAAACCAUUCAGCUGCAAUGUUUGUGGCAAAAGAUUCACAUGGCUUGGUCAGUUCAAAAGCCACAAGUGUGGUGGUGAAUCCUCACAGUUUCAUGAACUCUGGACCGGUCAGGGGGGAGAGCAGCUUCAAGGCCUGGAGGAGUUUCAUACCGCCAAGUUCCCAUUCCCUCCUGCCCCUGCGAGGAGUGAAGAUGAUGAGCAGCGGCCUCAGUCCUCGCAGCUUCAUCGAAGACACGGAGAGGACUGUGGAGGACCAGCCAGGAACUCGGAUCCAGAUAGUCUUGGGUCACACGGAUUGACAUAUAACUCAUUCAUUGGACAGUUCUGGUGAUGUCGCCGUGUUGUUAAAUUUUGUCUUCAAUUUACUAGAAGUUUACAGGAAAAUCCAUAAAAGGGAGAAACAAUUCUGUCGCUCACUUUCAGAUUGAGGUAAAGAGUUUGUCAGUUAGCAAUUAGCAUUAAUUAUUACAGGUAAAAGUCCUGCCUGCAUUGGAAAAGUAUGUAAGUAUUUAAUUAUGUAUGUAUUAAGAUAUCCUGUGUGACUUUUAUAUAUUGUGGUGGAAAAAAAUCUUUUUAACCUCCCAGUGAGAAAUAAUCACGAUGGAACUUCUUAAAGUAUUAAAAACAUAUUUAUGUUUAAGCGAUACAAGUUAUAACUAAAAGAACCAUACGAUAAAUUUCCACAACAUAUAUCAUUCGAUUAUUAUUGUGUCAUAUCAUGUGAAAGUUCCAUCGCAAACAUUUCAUCAGUUACACGCUCCUGCAGAUUCCUGCUCUACAACAUCAGGAGAAUUCGCCCCUUCCUCACUGAUGAGAUGGCGCUGGUGCUCAUCCAGGUUCUUGUCAUCUCCCACCUGGACUACUGCAACUCACUACUUGCCGGAGCCCCGGCGUCGGCCAUCAGACCUCUGGAGCUUGUCCAGAAAGCUGCAGCUCGUCUGGUGUUCAAUCGCCCCCCAAGUUCUGCCACACAACAGUUUAAGACUGGUGCUAUAGUAUAUAUAAGGGUUUAGUCUCUCCAGCUCCCUCUGACUUUAAUUGUUUCCAUUGUUACGCCCGGUCUAGGGGAACCUGGACGCAGCAUAAUAUAAAGUCUCCCCCCCUCUCUCCCACUCCCAAGAACGACCAUUUAUGCUGUAAUACAGUCCAUAUUUAUUAUUCAUACCAUUUGUAGUCAUAUACGUUAGGGUGACCCUGGCCCUAAACAAUAAACAAAACAAUCUUUAUUAAUCAACUACCUAACCUACUCCCAAACUUAACAAAACAAAAGACAGGCAGCUUACCUAACUCCCUACCCAAAACAGAAGGAAACAAAAGAGAGGCUCACCCCUACCACUACAUGGACUGUUAGUUAAAGUAUGUGCUCAGCGACAGCAGCACGGUCCGGUUGGGAGCCGGGGAGAAGAGAGAGAGCCCGGCAGACCUCCACAGGUGCCUUCUUAUCAGUCCCCAGUCCAAUCUGCUGUCAUUUACAGGAUACAAAGAAAACUGUCACACACACAGCACCACCCUGAGGCAGGGAGGCGCACAGCAUGUAUGAUCAUAUAUUAUGACUCAAAGUCAUAGCACCCCCCCCACUUAAGAUCAAACAUUUAUUCCCUCCAAGAAAUGUUUUCUCAACACCCUACACGGGACAACGCAUCCGCUACAACAUUAUCCACUCCUUUGAUGUGAUGAAUAUCGAUGUUAAAAUCUUGGAGCAGCAGUGACCAGCGCAUAAGACGCUGAUUGUUGUUGCGCAUACGGGACAAGAACACAAGAGGGUUAUGAUCAGUGUACACUACAACCGGUGUCGAGCUUGAACCAACAUAAACUUCGAAAUGCUGCAUUGCCAAAAGAAACGCCAACGCUUCCUUUUCGAUUGUGCUGUAAUUCACUUGAUGUUGAUUAAAUUUCUUAGAGAAAUAACAGACAGGGUGAUCAAUGCCAUGAUCAUCUUCCUGCAAAAGAACAGCACCCGCCCCAUGAGUACUGGCAUCUAUCUCCAUUUUGAAGGGACGCAUAAAAUCAGGUGCGGACAACACAGGCACACUGCAAAGCACCGCUUUGGCCGAAUCGAAUGAUGUCUGACACGCAGCAGCCCAGACGAAUUGGUUGGAGGGGCUCAACCACACUGGCAAAGUUCUUACAGAACCCACGGUAAUACUCGCACAUUCCCAGGAACCGGCAGAGUUGUCGCCGUGUCUCCGGCACUGAAAUCCAGGAUCGCCUGAACUUUGGCGGAUAGAGGGCGCACCUGCCCCUGCCCCUGCCCCACCUGUUUUCCCAGAUAGGUGACCACCGCCUUACCAAAUUCACAUUUAGCCAGAUUUAACGUCAAGGAAGCAUCCUCCAAACGACUGAAUAUCUCCCAGGUCGAUGUAUAGCACACAAUAUCAUCUAGGUACGCCUCACAGUUCUUAACCCCCAAAAGAACCGUAUUCACCAACCUCUGAAAAGUGGCAGGAGCAUUUCUUAACCCGAAGGGCAUGACGGUGUACUGAAGGAAAUGAUCAGGGGUUACAAAAGCGGAGACCUCGGCUGCACGCUGUGAAACGGGCACCUGCCAGUGUCCCUUCAAUAGGUCCAGUUUAGUGACAAAUUUAGCGGAUCCUACUCGAUCCACAAAAUCAUCCAUGCGUGGGAGGGGAAACGAGUCUGGCGUGGUAACUGCGUUCACUUUGCGGUAAUCGUUACCAAAACGAGGUGUUUGGUCAGAUUUGGGAACCAGAAGCGAAGGUGAGCUCCAUGGACUGGAGCUGGGCCCAGCCAAUCCAUUUUCCAGGAGGUACUCAACCUCUUUCUGAAUGAUAGCCCGCUUCACUGGAUUAACACGGUACGCGUGCUGCUUAAUGGGCUUGUUUUCACCAACAUCCACAUCAUGCUGUAAUACUGUGGUUUGAGUGGGUUUGUCACCAAAUAUCGAUGCAU